GAGUGCUUGAUCUUCUGAAGUGGCAGUGGCACUGGUGGUGAUCAGGCAAGAAGAAGAAGCAGGCGCAUGGUGAUCAUGGAGCCAUGCGUGCCCCCUGGGUUUAGGUUCCACCCCACCGACGAGGAGCUCGUCGGCUACUACCUCCGGAAGAAGGUGGCCUCCCAGAAGAUCGACCUCGACGUCAUCCGCGACGUCGACCUCUACCGCAUCGAGCCAUGGGAUCUCCAAGAGCACUGCAGGAUAGGGUACGAGGAGCAGAGCGAGUGGUACUUCUUCAGCUACAAGGACAGGAAGUACCCGACGGGGACGAGGACGAACAGGGCGACGAUGACCGGGUUCUGGAAGGCGACGGGGAGGGACAAGGCGGUGAGGGAGAGGAGCCGGCUCAUCGGCAUGAGGAAGACGCUCGUGUUCUACAAGGGCAGGGCCCCCAACGGCCACAAGACCGACUGGAUCGUCCAUGAGUACCGCCUCGAGUCCGACGAGAACGCCCCUCCUCAGGAAGAAGGCUGGGUGGUGUGCCGCGCGUUCAAGAAGAGAACCAUGCACCCGCCGCGGAGCUCCAUCGGGGCAUGGCAGGCGAGCUACUCCUACCACGACCCCGUCUUCGUCGGCGGCGUGGAGCACUUCAAGCAGGAGGCAGCUGCCCCCGAGCUGGACGGCGGCGUCGCCGCGGCCGCCGGCGCUAAAGCCUUCCUGCAGUACUCCAGCCGCUUGGCCGAGCUGCCGCAGCUGGAGAGCCCGCCGCUGCCAAGCCAGGGCGGCGCCUCGGCCGUCGUCGACGGAGAGGAAGACGACGGCUCCAGCAGGCGGCCGGCGCCGGGCGCCGCGGUGACCACGGACUGGAGGGCGUUCGACAAGUUCGUCGCGUUCCAGCUCAGCCCCGAGGAGCAGCAGCAGCAGCACACCACCACCUGCCGCAAUGCCAUCGUCGUCGACGACGACGACAUGGCAGCGCUGCUGCUCCUUGACGGCGAAGCGCAGGAGGACGACGCCGGGAGGUGGCUGGGCUCCGGCGGGCUACUGAUCAGCGCCGUGGCCGACUCGACGGACUGCGCCCUCGGCACCUGCUUGCCUUCCGAGAUCAACUGAUCGAUCCGGGCUCACUCCUCCUGAGCAGAAGUGUGAGAUACCUACGAACUGUAUGCGUGGCUAUACGCCUAUACAUAUAUAUAUAUGUAGCUGAUCAAAGCAUCAUUUCAGAUUUUCAGCUUCAGUUCUUGGAAGUGAUCAGUGGAUGAUGACCAUAUAUAUAUAGCUCCAUCUAUUCACUUUAUGGUGUAUAGAUGUU